ACUUCGAAGAAAUUGUUCAGCAAGUUUGUCUGUCGACCAUUUGCAUCUUCGAACUUUCUUGGUAGCAACUCGGAGCUUUCAGAGUGAAGUCAGGGUAGGAUUUAACUUCACUCCAAAGGAUAAUUAGAUAUUGUCCAGAAUACGCACUGAACAUUCAAUUUGCAUAGAUACACACUGAAUAUCAUCUUGCUAAAACGUUAUAAAGCAGUGGGUAUCUAUAAAAAGGUUAAUGUGGUCUGUGAGAAGGGAGAAAUGAGGAACUCAGAUAAGUUGAUAGCUGUUAUUUCGGGCUUCGUUGCAGAGGCUGAUCAUGGCCGGGUAAAACUCACUCUCAAAAUAGGCUUUAUCCAAUGAGCACAAGCCCUCAUCACAGAACAUCUAUUUUUAGAUUGUAAGCAGAAGAUUCAGUAAAUGAUAAAUUGUAAUAUUUUAUCCUAAUCAUUAACCCAUGUGGUUGCAUUGAAUUUUUUUGCUGUUUGUUCUGGGAGAUGGACAGAACAAGGGAGUGGUGAAUUUAAUUGUCUCUGCAAUUGAGACACUCCCAAAAUAGGGCAUACAUUGGUUCUCCUAUGAACAAUGUUUGUUCUUACCCACUCCAAUAAAUUCAAUGUUUUACUUGGUUUCAUUAAUGUCAAUAAUGUGCAUUGCUGAUCUUGUUGGCUUCCCUUCUUUUGCUCUUCUUCUUGUUUGAGUUCAAAAUGGUUCUGAGCAAUGCAAGCAGCUUUGAGUCGGCUGCAGAAAAGGAGAAGUCUUUGUUCCCACAUUUGAGCCAUGAACUUUUGUCAGUGUGCACAUUCUCUCAUAGUUCAAGUGCCCUGACUGAGAAAGAAGAUGGAUGGGGAGGAACAUGGGAGAAGGCUUCUAGAAUAGUUGGUGAGAGCACAAGCUCUGCUCAAGGAGGGUCUUCCAAGGGUUGCAUUUACCCAUGCUUAUUCUGUUCCAGGAAGUUUAACAGUCCUCAGGCAUUGGGUGGGCAUCAGAAUGCCCACAAGAAGGAAAAAAGGACUAUGGCAAGGCGAACUCAGAGAUCUCAUAUGGGUAUUCAACAGAGGUUCUGCAGCCUAGCACCUGCACCAUUAGUUUUUACUCAAAAUUCCAGUAAUUUGAAUAGUUCUCUCUGUAUAAGGAGCAAUUCUUCUACUGUUCAAGGAGGAGGAAGGACACAUAGAGGAGUGGGUGAUGGAGGAGGAGAAAAGGGAAUAGAUGGAUGGAUUCAUUCCUUUGUUGAGUAUCAACCCAUUGUAGGCAGAUACUUUCCUUCUGGUCUCUUGGAAAAUUUUGAUUGCAUGGAAGGAGCUGCUACCUGUGGCUCUAACAUAGGCUAUGACUUCCCAAAAGAGGAAAUGGGUGUCAUUGGCUCCCCAAAAGAGGAAAUGGGUUUCAUGAAACAGCCAGCUACCUUCCCUGAUGCCGUGGAACCAAGAGGAGAUGGUUCUUUCUCCAGGAAAAGGGUCCGAAGUGGGGAUACUCAUAUUUCUGAAACAAGUUUGGCUAUGAAUUCAGGUGAUCAGAAGCUUGAUUUAUCGUUGCAUCUGUGAAUGGAGUGUGAAUAUGCAUGUAAGAGUAAGAAUGUUCAAGGCCAUAUAAAAAGUAUGGGAACAUGACUCCAUAACAAAGGUUGGAGCAAGGAGGGAACAUAGUGUUCUCGUUAUCUCUCUUCUUUGGAAAGUAAGGUGUUUCAAUUUUGUAUAAAUUUAUUUAUUAUUUAAUAUUAUUUUAAUUAUUUGGCGAGAGGCAAUUUUAUAGUCACAAUAGACUAGAAAGAUUCUAUGUAAACAAUAACUCCUUAGAAAUGAAAUUUACAGCCACAACAUUAUUA